CCUCCCACAUAACUGCAAUUGACUCAAAGGGAGUGACCGCAGUGGCCAGAGCAGCCGGGUACAAAAAGCGGAGACAGACUCGGAAAUUGCUUGUCGACCGAGUUUCGCACUAUUUCGAUAACCAUGGAUACACUAGGGGCCAAAGUGCGCUCAGAGCCAGUCACAGACGAAACUAACAGUCGGAAAGCCCGAAGAUAAUCCGCGAAAGGAGUACCAUCUGCUACACCAAAUUGUUGCAGCCGCAAAAACGACUCUUGGCGGUCUCCGACGUCAAAUUGCUCCGCCAGGUGGCGCAACAGUAGCUGGAAAGCGUCUGGUCCAGGGGCUCCUCCAUCCAAGCUCCGUUCCACUAGCUGAAACCCUUCCGAGCGCCGUGCUUCCGUUGGACUCCAGUCUGAGCCUGAGCCCGAUCCGCCUCCACUGCCACGAGUCCCACUCGUGUGGCGCUUGGCCUGCUGCCGUGCCCGGCCAUCGCCUGCCGAUGACGAUGGCUCCGUGGGGCGGCGAGACGCUCCGGCGGAACUCCAGCCCGAGUCCUCGCCCGAGCUACUCUCUCGCACGGUGCGCUGGGCCGGCUUGGCCUUGACGCGGCCGGCCUUGGGCUGCUGGAACGCCGAAGAUGCCGGAGCCGCCACGGUGCAGCCGGGCCACACCACCGGAGACGUUGCGUUCAUGGUGGCCGCCCGCAUCGCCACGAGGAGCCAGCUCACCACGUCUUGGAGGUCGGGCCGAGACCCGUUUGCCACGUCGGCGGCGUCCUGGAUGGAGGAAGCCGACGGCAGGGCGGUGGACACGCCAGCCGCUAGAUCCAUAACGACCGUGCUGUCGGCUGGAGGCGACAGCGGCGCACGUCCGAGCCACCGAUGCCGACGGAGCAGGAGCGGCAGCAGGGGCCGGUCCCGGCACGGAGCGCCCCGCCCGAACCCGAAGAUCGUGUUCGCGCUGUUGAUCAGCGCGGGCCUGCUCGGCGACCAACGCGUCCUCCUGGCGGCGGUCGUCGGCGCGCUGGGCGGCCAGCAGGCCUCUUCCCAUUCCUGCGCUUGUUUCCGCUGGGCGUAG